AUGUUGGCGAUAUGCACGUCGGCGUUUUUACCAUUGGUAGUGUUGAUGGUAUUCGCUGGCCAGCUCGAAGGCGACACUACAGGCGAGCCAUGCAAUUCAAACCCUUGUCAGAACGGCGGCAUCUGCGUUGGUACCCCUGGAAAUAAUGAAACCAUGACGAACGACCACGUGACACAAAGUGGAUAUUACUGUCGAUGUUUGCAGUGCUAUAUUGGAACAGACUGUCACACGCAUUUGCCGGAAUGUCACAUGCACUGUUACAAUGGUGGCCAUUGCGUCAUGGAUAGUUAUUGCAGAGAGGCGUGUGAAUGUGCGACGUGUUUCAGAGGAUCCUACUGUGAGAUAGUAUCAGAUGGAUGUUUGACCAGCCCUUGCAAUAAUGGUGGCGUGUGCCGUGAAACUGGCGAUAAAUGCAACGAUUUUGAGUGUACUUGCCAACAAUGUUAUUUGGGACAAUACUGCAGUGUGGUGGAUGAAGUCUGUCUCAAUGAAUUUGCCACGACAAUAGUAUUUACGACACAAAACUUUGCUAGCAAUGAGAGUUACUCAACAUUAUCACUUGACUCGAAUGAAAAAGAAGAAUUGUUGAUGCGCAUCACCAUCGGUGUUAGCGCAGCCUUGGCAACGGUUGUCAUACUUGCGGUCUGGAUUAUCUGUUGGAUGUAUUGCAGAAUAAAGAAAAAUGAUAAGAAGAUAGUAGAGAAGGACAUGCAAAUAACACGCAUGGCCAUACUACGAGACCAGAUGUACCUUGGCUUUGUGUCAAAUCCACCACAACAGACUGAGGAACCAAACGAACAUGGUAAAUAUACGGAUGUUAGGUUUGAAGACAGUCAUGAACAAACGGGAGAAGGGUCGAGCAACAGCAGUGGUAACGAGAGAGUUGAACCACCAGCAAUAAUAAUUUCACCUGAUGUUGAAUACUCUCCCCAAAGCUCCAGACGACGUCAGAGCAGGAGAGAUGGAAAUACCAGUACGGUGAUUAAAAACAAUAACACACGUGAUAGUGAUGGCGUCAUUGUUUCUUUAACCGGAACUACGUCUGCUGAUGAAUUGAAUACUGAUCCGCGUAGAAAUCGCAGGAAAUCAUCUCCAACGAAAAACCAUACGUCACCAAGAAGAUUACGGCCGUCUUCACCGCCACGCAGAGCACACAAAUCACAUCAAGUGGAAAUAGGUGACGCUGAUGAAUCGAUCGAGCUUGGUACGGUUAGCAACAGAGGCAAUACAGGUGAUCAAAUGACAGAAGAAGACUCACUUCAACCUGGAAAGCGGAAAAAGCGACGGGGUGGCGGCGCACCAGUAAUAGCGAGGGUAUUCGUCGGUGAUUUCCCCAACCUUUUAUCUUGCUUCGGGUCUGAUUAG